AGAUUGUGAGUGCCAAUGAUAGUGUUAAUUAUUAACAGAUGAGUGAAAAAUGGUGUUAUAUAAAUGAAAAGUGGUGAGAAUAAGAAGGAAGAAAUGAACUGAGACAGAGAAGGUGGAAGUGACUGAUAGAAGGUCAGAAAAAGAUGACGAGAUCAGCGACUGGAACUGGCAAACUACUGCCAUUUAUAGGAAUGAUGGUGGCUAUGCUGGGUCAAAGUGGCAGCAUGGUGGUGAUCAAGGUUGCUAUUAAGGAUAUCAAUGAAUAUGUCAUGGUUGUCUACACUUUUGCACUCUCUGCUAUCUUGGUUCUUCCCUUUGCCGUGUUUCUCCACAGGAGGUCACAAAGUCCUCCUAUCAAUUUCGUUGCACUUUGCAGAUUCUUUUUGCUCGCUUCCUUUGGGAGUUUAGGAACUAUACAGGCUUAUGUUGGCAUAGAUCUGAGCUCGCCUGCACUGUUAUCAGCUAUUCUUAACCUCAUGCCAGCUUUCACUUUUAUACUUGCUCUCAUCUUCAAGAUGGAGCAAGUACAUUGGAGGACUUCUAGCAGCCAAGCUAAAGUGUUAGGAACACUAGUAUCAAUUGCAGGAGCGUUUGUUGUGAUACUGUAUAAGGGUCCAAUCAUCUAUAGGUCACAUUCGGACAACUUUUCUAACGAAACGGUUCAAUUUUCGUCAGAACUAAAUUGGAUCUUGGGAGGGAUAAUGUGUGUUCUCGAUGCACUCUUUACUUCCUUGUGGUACAUAUAUCAGGCUUCAGUAGGAGACACGUACCCUACUAUGGAUGUCUCGGUCAUUGUAUUCUUCCAAUUCUUAUUUUCAAUGCUGCAGUGUGGAGCAUAUGCUUUCUUUGCUGUGAAGGAUUUAUCCGAAUGGAAACUCAAGGUGGAUAUAGGGUUGAUCGGCAUUCUGUAUCAGACAAUAAUUGCAACAUUGCUGCGUUACCUCCUCGUCAUGUGGUGCAUAGUUAAAGCGGGCCCUUUGUUUUGUGCUUUGUUUCAACCUGUGGCAAUCAUUUUCACAGUUUGGAUGGGUGCAAUCUUUCUUGGAGACGAUUUCAGUCUCGGAAGUUUGGUUGGUGCGGCUAUAAUCGUGAUCGGAUUUUAUGCUGUUCAGUGGGGAAAAUCGAAAGAGGAGUACGAGAUUGCGAAAGGCGUUGAGCACUUGGACACGGAAUCACUGAGCCAUGGUGUUCCUUUAUUGGCAGAUAGGAACACGUAGUUUCAAUUAAUCUGUGCCAUUCAGAAGGUUGUUAUUUGUUUUAUACUUCGAUAAUGACGUUUCCCAGUUUUACACAAUUCCUCGAUCGCAAACCACUCUUAAAAUUAUUUGUAAAUUAUUUUAUUGUAGAAUUCAAGCAAUUUUAUUCACACAAAUAUAUUAUAUA